ACCGCGUGACAGAGCCUUUAGAUCUUCAUUCUGUCGCCGGAGUCCUCACUGUGAAACCACCAAAAUUCUACAAUGGCGACCGAGCCAGUUUGACUAUGUACACGAAGCUAUACAAAAAUUUGUGAAUAGUUUAGGUGUUGUAAAUUCGCUAUGAUAAUCAACAAAUUGUAAUUUAGUCAAAUGUUAACGUGGUUCGCAUCCGUUUCUCGCUGUCAUAGCGCCGUCCCUUUCCCACUCACGCACAUAGACGGAGCACAGCUCUCUGUCGUGCUUUUCCGUGGGCAGUCAUUGGCACAUUCAUUCAAUGGCUGGUGGACAAGAAAAAUGGUAUUUUACAAAAGAGCAACUACAGAACUCGCCGAGCAGAAAAUGCUGUCUAGAUGCAGAUAAAGAGCUAGCCUACCGGCAGCAGGCCGCCAAUCUCAUCCAGGAUAUGGGCCAGCGGCUUCAAGUAUCUCAACUAUGUAUAAACACGGCGAUUGUGUACAUGCACCGUUUCUACGCGUUCCACUCGUUCACGCAGUUCCACAGGAAUGCGAUAGCUGCCGCGGCGCUGUUCCUUGCCGCCAAGGUGGAGGAACAGCCCAGAAAGUUAGAAUAUGUGAUAAAGGUGGCCCAUGUUUGCCUCCACAGAGGUGAAGGUGUCAAUGCUCUCACCUCGGAACAGUAUCAAGAACAGGCGCAGGACCUUGUAUUCAACGAGAAUGUCCUGCUACAGACCUUAGGUUUCGAUGUAGCGAUCGACCAUCCGCACACGCAUGUGGUGCGGACCUGCCACCUUGUAAAAGCCCCCAAGGAUCUGGCGCAGACGUCGUACUUCAUGGCGUCCAACAGUCUGCACUUGACCACAAUGUGUCUACAGUAUAGGCCGACUGUGGUCGCUUGCUUCUGUAUACAUUUGGCUUCAAAAUGGAGCAACUGGGCGAUCCCGCAGUCGCACGAGGGGCGGCACUGGUUCUCGUACGUGGACCGCAGCGUCACCACCGAGCUGCUGGAGCGCCUCACCGCCGAGUUCCUGCACAUAUUCGACAAGUGUCCGUCCAGGCUGAAGAGGAAGAUGAUGACCAUGUCCAACAGCGGCAGCUCCCCGCACUCCAACGCGCACCCGUCGGGCUCGGCGGGCGUGGCCAACUCGCCCUUCGACAAGAAGCACUCGCUCGUCAACAGCGACGAGAUCGACAAGUCCUUUGAUAAAGAAUAUGAACGCGAAAGGCGGCGCCAACUCCCACCUGGUCCGGGCGGCUACGUGCCCGCGACGACCGCGCAACCGGCGCCGCAACCGCUACAGAAGAUAGACUACAACCUCUACAGAGAGAAGCGGGAGAGGGAGGAGAGAGAAAGGCGAGAGGAGAGGGAGAGACGCCAACAGGCCUUGCAACAGAGACCCGGAGUGCCGCAACCUAAUGCCAGGCCGAAUCCACCCCCACCCCACCACAGGCCGACUUCCAGUCAACAUCACAAGCCACACCAUCCCUGGCCGCACAAACCUCCCCACCACAAACCCCCGCAUGACCACAGACACCACAGACAGCUACCCGGCCCAUCGACAAGCGCCCCUCACCCGCAACCACCGACAGAAGUCCCUCAAAGGACGCGGCCGCCAUCUUUGUUCUCCCCUGAAAAUGCGUCCACGCCUUCCGCGUCCGCCGCGGCCGCGUCCGCUUCGGCGUCCGUUCCGCGAAGGCCCCCCUCGAACCCACCUCAAGUUCCUACACAGCGAUCGGCGCCUAGACCGGAGCCGAGGCCGCAAAACCCCCCCGUACCCAUCCAACCCACCCCAGUCCCAGAACAAAAGCCUCCGAGCCCGCACAAAAAACGGCCGGACCCCACAGCUGUCGUCCGAGACAUGCAACCCCCCACCAUCUUGUCCCCCUUUUCAUCGCCACCAGGCAAAGUGGUUGAACCACCUAAAAAGAGACCCCGGCUGCCUUCUAACUCUGAACCGGAGUUAGUGCCUUUCGUUAAAAAGAUAGACGAAACCCCUGGAUAUGAAAACCUCAUGAGGGACUCCCAAAAAGGAAACGCCAUCAAAACGAGGGUACCGGAAAGAAAACCGGAAGGAACCAUUAGGGCCCUUAACGGAAUCGAAACAGACCCCACAUUGGUAUCAAACUUACUCAAAGAGAGUCUCGCAAAACCUGUUCCUAUCACUGUACCUUUAGAGAAAAAGUCCCCGAAAGAAUUUAAAAAGGAGCCAGUCGAACCCCCCGUUCAAAUACCCCAACCGAUCGCACCUAUGGCUCCACCCCCCCAAUUCGAACCACCGCCUAACGUUAACCCUCUACCUCAAAAUCCACCCCAAAACCAAACAGAGGAAUCUGACCAUAAACACAAGAAGGAAAAGAAGAAAAAAGACAAACACAAACACAAGGACCGCGACAAAUCUAAGGAGGAAAGAAAGAAACACAAGAAAGACAAAGAGAAAGAUAAGGAAAAAGAGAAGAAGGUGGAACAGCCAGCACCACCACCCCCUCCCAUUCCCACUCCCACUCCAGAUAUAGACGGAGCUCUGAGGAUAACUAUACCCAGAGAAAAGUUAUCCACAAGUCCGGGACUAAAGAUAAAGAUACCAAAAGAAAGAUUAGCAGCGCCGCCUCCUCCACCGAACUCCGGCUUAAAGAUCAAGAUAUCGAAGGAAGUUCUAGAAACGUCGAGAAAGAGGACCGGAGUCCACGAGCCGGGCCCACCGCAGAAGAUGACGCGGCACGAGGCCCCCCCUAUUAAUAAGGUAGGUUGGAAUAUACCUUUCAGGCCCCCUUUACCGUAUUUCAUGGUUCAACCCCCACCGCCGUUGUACUAUGGGGUGGGUAUGGGGAUGGACGGAUACUUCUACGGCAUGUUUCCGCCACCCCAACAGCCGCCGAGGCACCACCAGCCUCCGUUGCCCGCCAUGCCACCGCCGGCCGUGCCGCCUCCGCCACCGGAGUAGAUUAGAAAAAAAAAUUAAAUAUCACGAGUCUUACAACUCUGAACAGUCUAAUUGAACUAAGCUAAUUGGCAAGGAUUUAUUGGUCAAAUAUUAGACAUUGUUAUGCCUUCAAUGUUAUUUAUACAAAUCUUAUAAAUAACGUCAUAUUAAAAUAACCAAAUCUAAUGCUCAAUAUCUUAAAUUUCAAAUUGGUCCAUAGUAUUUUAGAGAAGAGAAAGAUAGUUAAAACUUGCAUGAUACAGGAUUUUCGAUUUUAAAAUUAUUGACAUUAGGUUUAUUUUACUUUGAUAUCGAAAUCGAAGCUAACUUGAAUUCAGGGCAAGCUUCAAGUUGAAGUUUAUGAUAUUUAAUUUUUUUUUGUCGUAAAUACUUUAAUGACAUAAUAAAAAAUUUACAAAAGUAAAAGAUUUUUCUAUAUAAAUAUUUUUGUAAAUAAAUUUCAAUUUACUCUAUGUAUAGAAAGUAUUAUGUAUAUUUUGUUAACACAUCUUUGUGUAGAAAAUUUUAAAUAUGCACGAAUUUUAAUGAGCCUCUUUACAAAUAUCUCACAUAUUAUACAAAUUGUGAAUUAGACUGUAAAUAAAUUAUAUAAGGGGCAUUUUUUAUAAAAUUGUUUUCACGGAUAUUAUUUUUCAUUCAGGUAGGGCUUAAAACGUGCCAUGACAUGUUUUGAGGCUGGAAUAUGUGAAAGACAACAUGUCGACUAAUAGCGACGGACUUCGAAAUAUUGCGUUUUCGUUGCAAUGCAAUGAUGUUUCCGAAUCCACCGCUUUUGGUCGAAAUUUUAUUUUAUUUUAUUAGGCCUACUGAUGUGAAUAACAUCCUAAAAAUAUUCAAAAAUUUGGAUAUACUCGUAGCUAGAGGUAGAUUUUAAAAAAAUUAACUCUAGAAAAGGGCUUUUUUAUAGAAAAAUGGCAAAAAGUAUUAUAUCAUAUUGAAAAUGUUAUGGUCUCAAACUUAAUAUUAUAUAAAAUUUUAAUCUAAAUAUAAAACAUAAAAUUACAUAUAUCCGCUAUUUGAAGAAAGGCCAGUCUUUUAAAGGUUCUUGUACACAAUAUGAAAACGAAAUUGUUAAUUUUGUUUUUUUUUUCUUACUUUUACUUAAUUACUAUUAUUCUCUAUAACUUAUCUUUUGGCUAUUUGUUGCCUGUUCUAAUUAAUUCAAUCAAUCAAUAUAUCUAUUUGCAGAUACAAAUCUUGCCUAUUUAGCAUGCAAAUUACUUACUACUUAUUUUUAAAUUAUUCAAAUAAUAAUUUAGACAUAAUUUAAAAUUUACAUCUUUACAAUUAUAUCAGUUAACAUUUUACAAUUUUAUUAUUAAACAAACAAAUAUCUGUUUCUAAUUUACUUACCAUUUUUUAUUAUAAAUUUUUUAUUAUAACUUUAUUUAUUAUAAAUCAAUCUCAAUUAUAUUUAUUGACUCGUAAGGACUAAAAUUGUAUACACAUGUCAAUGGUGGCACAAAUUAUUUUAGCUCUAAAGUUUGUAUUAUGUAUAUCUAGAGUGCCUGUCAACCAUUUGAAAAUUGCUGCAAAAUACUAUUAAUCUUAAUAACCUCUUAUUUUUAAUAAUCUGCAUUGUUAAAUAACUAGUUAGGAAAAUAAUAUAAUUAAUUUUUCAUUUGUGCUUUUCACAUUGUGUACACAAAUCUUGCCAAUUUAUCUAGAUUAUUAAACUAUAUUAUGUAGGUAUCUAAAAAUAAUCAAAUUAAAUUAUUUAUGAGUAAAGAAAUACCGAAAUGGUAUUUAUAUUUUUACUAAAACUAUUUAUCGUAGUUUUAAUGUAUUAUUAAGGUGCCUACACACUAUACCAGCGGUAAUAUAGUGGAUAAGUUUCUACACUUGCCUCAGAAAGCUGUCGCUGCAGUUGUCACAAUUAGAAUGGUAGUGUUCGCAUUUUUUAUAUUUCACUUCAAUUGAUUUAGACUAAAAAUGAAUUUAUUACCAAAAAAUAAAUCUGUGUAGCAUUAUACUAAAUUCCUAUUAGUUUACAUGAUAGGAACUAUAAACUAGAAAUGUCACAAAUACAAAAGAGACAAAUAUUUAAAUAUGUACAUAGGAAAAUAACAAUGCAUAUUUAAGGUAAAAGAAUUGAUGAGAGAAUUAUAUACUUAAGUCAUAAACCGACAAUCCAAUAAUUUUAAAGAAUAGCUUUUAAUUUUGCUGUAUAUACUACAAACACGAUUCCGCGUGUUUAAAAAUCAGUAUAUUUUAUGGCGAUCAUGUGUUGUUAAAAAAAUCUUUCAUUCCAACCAAACAAAUUCGUUAUGAUUUUGUUAAUUUGCUAACCAAAUAUUAAUUAUUGGUAUUGGAUCAAAGUAUUCUGCUGGUAGUUCUGAAGCUGGAGUAGUGUGUAGGAGCCCUUAUUAGAAGUUUAUAAUAUUGAUAUUUUUAAAAAUAUGACAUAUUUAUUCUAUAUCAUAAUAUUUCUGUGUACAAAUUUUAUAUUAUACAAAUUUAUUGUUGUUGUCAAUGGUUGUUGCUUAUUAAGGUGGGAACACACAUGUGUUUGGUGAAGUACUCUCCCAGAACACCAGUGUGCUGUUACUUAUAGUUGUCUAUUAAGCUGCUUUUGCACGAAUAGUUGAUAUAUAUAUAAUGUUUUAGAAUACAUAUUAUAUUCAAAACAAAAACAUAACUACUAUUUAAAGUUAUGUGUGAAAAUAAGUAGGUAAUUAAAAGUAUUUAAAAAAACAUCGAACAUAUAUAAGAUAUAAAGUUGAAAUCGUUUUUUAAGUAUAAAUUUAAUAUUAAACCAUGAAACCUCUUAAAAAUAUACCACGUGUGGUGAAUAAAUUAAUAUUUAAUAACAAAUUAUGACUGAAGUUUCACGUAACAUACGAGAAACAGUGAACAAUUUGUUCUGAGCAACGCAAACUUUACGUGUACGCAUUACUAGGUCAUAAUAAAUGCAUAUAUAUUAAUAUACAUUUAUGCAUAGAGUUAUAAAAUAGGCAGACGGUAUUUCGCUGUCAAACAACUGAAGCACCAUAAUGGCGCCGAGUAUCUUUUUAUUACGUCUAUGCAUAUAUGUGUAUGAAAUCGAAGUUAAUUCACUACUAACAAAUUGUUAUAUAAGUACAUAUACGUAUAUUUAAUAUUAUAUAUUUUUAUCGUGUCAACAUACUUAAUAUUGUUUAACAUAUAAAUACCGUUAUGUAUUAUAUGCUUGCAUAUGAAUAUUUAAUAUGACAUAAAUUAUAAUAUAUUUAAUACUUACAUUAUUCAUAUACUACAUUAUUAACAUUAAUGAUAGAUUAUUGAAUGAUGAAUGAAUAGAUUUGUUACGGGAUGGGAUAUUUUCUGCAAUAUUAUAGGACUAAUCAACUAAUGUCCUGACAACUUCUAUAACAGACUCAAGAAUUUUAUACUUAAUAAGUUAUUAUAAAUACAAUAUAAUUAUAUAUCUAUACAUACAGAGUUUUACAGAAUUUAAUAUUUUUUUAAAUUACUUACAUAUUUAUUAAAAGCAACAUUAAGUUCAAAGUCAGUGUCCUUCAAGCGCCUUAAUUAUCUAAUACUUUAAUUACAGUUUUUAUUUUUUAUUUUAAUAAUAUUAUUCUAUUGUUAAAUAUAAGAAUCAAAUAGUAUUAUUUUAUUGUUAAAUAUAAUAAAUCAAUCAAUAAUGUUAACAUUGAACAAAAUCAUCAAUCAAAAAUAGUUUAUCAUAUUGAGAUGUUGCGUAAUAUUAUAAAAUGGUGGACAUAAUGAGACAUGUAUUUUUUAUUUUUUUUGUAAUAAACCAUUGAAUGACAACGACAUAACUAUUUUUUGACUAUUUGUACUCGUAUAUACUUAAAUAAAUAUUAAAUAUUUAUAUCAAUAGAACAUUCCAAUUUUAGGUAGCUAGACCCUGCAAGCAGUGAUAAUGACUACUGCAUACAUAAUUUUUUUAGCAUUUUUCGUCUUCUCAAAUAAUUCGAAUUUUUCCAUUCUUCCUGUUAGUGAUGAUUUUUUCUGUAAAAUCAGUGUUGAAACUCAACUUACAAUGAAAGUAGUGUAGUAACCUGACAGUUUGUGCUCUUAUUUUUUCAUGACAGAAGAACGAGUAUUUAUACAUUAUAUUUUUAUUUAUUUUAAAAUAUUUUACGUUAUGGACAUUAAAAAUAAAGGAUAUGAAUAAAUAUUAUUUUAAAUUCUCAUAAAAUAAAUAUAUAUUUUUAAUAUUAACUGAUUAAUAGCAGCGUUUUACCUGAAAUAAAACGCAUAUUAAAAUACUUACCUCACUGGAAACUUUUAUAUUGAGAGUAGCAUUUCCGUUUCCGUCGAUUUCAUACCAGUUUUCGUACUUUUAUUGACGUCACGUCGGGCUAUGUGGCGCCACCUGGCGGUGUCGGGCUCGGGAAGUUUCGUAAAUCGCUGAGCGCGACUUUAGCUCAUUGGCUCAAUAUAUCACCAGGCAGGAAUUACUUAAAGUUUCCAGUGAGGUAAGUAUUUUAAUAUGCGUUUUAUUUCAGGUAAAACGCUGCUAUUAAAAUAUUGACCGUAACUGGAAACUUUUAUAUUGAGAGCCUGUUUGUUUUCGCCUGGUGACGCCACGUUAUGGUAUUAUUUCGCCAAUGUGAUUAUUAAAAUAAAACUUUUUAUAACAAUAUUAUCUCUAAUUCGAUUAGGCUUUAUUUAGAGAACAAGCUAGUAACGAAGUUUGACUUACUGUGUCUGUGCAUAAUACAAUAUUCCAUUUUGUUGGAAUGUAGCAAAAAUACAUGUCUACGGUACAAUGGUAGCCAGUAAUAAGUAUCUAUUGUCUGUGGAUAUUAUUUAUUCAAACUGUCAACUCUUUGACAUUCAAGUGUCAUUAUAUGUCAUCAGCCAUUUACUAUAUUUUACAAAUAUUAAUAAAUAGAACAGUUAGCAGUGCUUAACGUGUUUUCGUUCAUCUCGCGACUCCAACUCUCAGCACAUUCAAAAAUAAAUCAAUGAACUAAAAACAUACCAUACAUUUUUUGGAUUGGAGUUCAAUACUUUUAAUUUUAGGGAUUUCAUCAUAUAAUUGAUAUUCACACUAAAUUAUUUAGGAAAAACACUGCUGACCGAUAUAGUCGUUAUGAAGAUUUCUUACGUGACGUCUUUACUCAUUCUGCUAUAACCAUAUGCGGGGCGGUUUUUUAAAAAAUUUAUUACAAAGAAAUUAAUAUUAAUUCUUGCUGCAUUUAGUCGUAGUGGAUAGUUAUUUUAUUUAAUAAUGAAAUAGACUUAUUAUUUCCUAAAGAAAAAUUAUGAUAGUGAUUAUUUUAUUUACAAAUAAUUUCCAGCCAGAGUAAAUACUUCUAUCGGUUUUUGAGCCAAAUUGCGGCCAAAAUUCAAUAAAAUCAUCAGAUUUUAUACUAUGUUAUCCCUAUAAUAAGUAAUGUUAGGUCAUAUACACGCCUUUCAGAGUGUACCCACAAAAAUAUAACUAUUGAAAAAAUAACUUAUUAAGAAGUUACUGACAUUCCAAACUGGUGGCAUGGAAUUUUUAGGCUUUCUUAACAAUUUGGUAUGAAUUUAAGGAUAUACUUUACAAAGUUAUUGAUCUCUUAAGUAGGUUACUUGAAGAUUCUAGAAACUAAAACUGAGUCAGUUCUUAGACAUUAGGUCAUAUAAUGUACUAAAACUUUUACUUUUAGACAAACACUACACAAGCCGAUUUUUAAGUUUUGACAGGAAAUUAAAAAUAAUUUUAGGUUUUCCCAUAUUUCUUGAAGACUCCCUCUAACAGUUUUGUAACUGCUAAGUCCGUUGUCGUGAUUAUAAUAAAUUUGUCUUCAUUCUAUAGAAUUAUCGGUACUGCUAGCACUCGGAAUCUGAGAUCCAAAUGACAUAAGACUUACUCUUAUCAAGGCUAUUAAAUAUAUUCCUGUCAACCGAUUCUGAUGAUUCUCUGAGAAUCAGUGUAAGUGGUGGCGAUACCAUAAAUGGGAAAUUCCCUAUACACACUGUACACAUCGUAUAAAACAACUUGAGCGUAAGUUACAUCUCGGGAUACGUACAAGUAAUCAUGGACUACGUGUACCUUAUUUAAUGAGUCAGAUCAGAAUAGAUCAGUCACCGACAUACCCUAUUUCACAAUCACUUUUUCUAUGCUACAGUAAUGAAAGCGCCAAGUAUGGAAGAUGGCGAUGUUGUAUAACAAGCGAUUUGCAUGCUUGUUGUUCCUGCCGCGUAUAAUACUGUGUACUGUUGUGAACUUAGUGAUAGUCUAAUUAAGGUUACUAGACAAAGAUCUUGCAAUUUUAACUGUUAUAUUCUAUAUUUAAACUCAUUUCUCUUUUCCUCCGUAAUAUGUAACGGCAGUCAUUUUGUGCAAUUGAAUGUUGCUUAGGAGGUGAGUUUGAUUCUAGGGACAUAUACGAGUAGUAUGACAUACAUUUCCUUUUUAUUGGAAUGCAGUACCUAUUCCUCUCGUGACCAUGAAUACCUCAGAGGGUGAAUGUUUAGUAACGCUGCCCAAGCGUGGUCAAAGGCAUCUGCUACUAACAAAAACACUGGCUGAGGGUGUCAGUGAAGUAGGUAGCUAGCAGUCUGAUUAUAUUAAACAAGGUCAUUCAUUCAUUCAAUGGUAACGGGCAAGUUUUCGAUAUAGCCUACAUCUACGCUUCGUAUUAUUUUCUUAAUAAAUGAUAAAAUUGUCUAUUCUUAAUUCUACAUAUCUCUUACAAAACAUGCUGCGAAUUCGAUAGCAUUGAGAAAGUAUUUGAGAAAGAGACAUGCAUAGUUCAAAUGACAAGGAAGUAAUGUCCAACAAUUCCCUGAACGUAGGAAGCACCUUUGGGAUUUUAUUACAUACACAUGCAAGUAGGCUUGUGUCUAUUCUUCAAACUGAGUUUUUGAUGCUGUGCGUAUUUAGCAAGUGGAAAUGAGGUUAAAUAUUGGUCCGGCUUCAGUAUUAGCAACAGAGCAUGGUGCUUUUAUGAUCCUUUGUAUUUCAUUAAGUAGACAAUUGUUGAUAUUUCUUCCAAAACAGGAGUGUGGAACGAUGUUCCAUAUAGAUUAAGAAAAACACGAGGUUAUUCGAGAGAACGGUAGGAGAUAACCUCAGAUUAACCUCUGUACGUUUCUGGUGCCACCAUUUUCUCCCAUUGAAAAAGGUGGUAAAAAGGUGGCUAAAAAGACCGCUUGAAAUGAAGUCUAUCUCAAAAUACUUUAUGUUUUCUGGAUGCAUUAAACUUUAAAGCAUACAUAAUACCCUUGAUGGGCCUCGAGCCCCUGAAAAAGGAUUCAUUUAGAAUCCUUUGUUUUAAUAGAAAUUUAUAUGUUACCGCUUAUGCGUUUUUCUACAUUUGCUAGGUGACGGAGGGUAUCAUAAUAUGUUUUACCUUUUCGUUUGUUUCUAAGUUUUAUGAAACCUGGAGUAUGGUUAUAAAUUUUGCAAAUAAUAAACUGUAUACAUCCAGUAAUACCUUUGAUGUAUUCGGAAAAAUAAGUUUCCUGCCUUUAACCUCUAUACCAAAAUGUACAUGAUGUUUUAAUCUGACGCUUUCAUUCAUCAGAUUUUUACGCCAUUGUUACAAAGUAAUUAAUUCACCCAUUGGUUACAAAUCUAGUUGGCCUAUUCACUAUUUUGGUCUUUAUUAUCAACCUAUAUCAAUUGGGAAAAUGUCAUUUACCUACUGUGGGAUAUUCACGAGUAAGCAAUAAAUGACAUUUUUACAUAGAAACUCAAUUUUGUAUAUGUCAUCUUGUACAUUGCUGAUAAACACCCUGCGAGAGUGGAUUAUAAUGAUCAUACAAGCAAGGCUGCGCAAGCGUUCCAAGCGAUGGAAUCUUAACAUUUUUCAUGCAUUACCCUCGCGAGGGGUGGCGAUCACACACACACGACAUCGACAAGGGUAUUUGAAUAAUUUAUAUAGAUAGAUAAGAUAUUCGUAUCCAUACAUCGUUGAUAAACACCCCGCGAGGGUGGAUUGUAUUGAUCAUGCAAGCAAGGCUGUGCAUGAACGUGUGCGCAUUACAGAUAUGUAUAUUCCGUGUUGUAUGUUCCACGCGAUGGAACAUUACUCUUCAUGCAUACGCCCGCGACGGUGGCGAUCAAGGACACCGGUAUUUGAAUAAUUUAUAUAAAGAGAUAAACACCCCGCGAGGGUGGGUUGUAAUUAUCAUGCAAGCAUGGCUGUGCAUGAGCGUUUGCGCAUUGUAUGUAUAUUCCGUGUUGUGUGUUCUACGUGAUGAAAUUUCAACACUAUUCGUACCUUGCCCAUGCGAGAGGUGGUGAUCCUCAGUAUUUGACUGGAAAUACGUCUAGGAAUGUUAACACUUUCUAUAACCUCGUCCCCAUGAGGGGCGGUAAUCUAUUAGUCCGGUAUUUGACUGUGCAAAUACGUCUAGGAAUAUUUAAACUUUCUAUACCUUACUCAGUAAGUUGGUUUUGCAAAUACGUCCAGGAACGUUAAAAAACUGUGUAUACCUUGCCCCCGCGAGGGGCGGUAAUCUAUUAGACCUAUAUUUGACUGCAAAUGUGUCCAGCGACGUUAACAGUGUCUACGCCUUGCCCCUGCGUGGGGUGGCGAUUUAUAAGGCCAGUAAUUUACAUCCAAUCAAAAUUCCUGUGCUAAAUUCUGGCGGGAUUUGUGAACCUUUUUUCAAUGACGGUUUGAAUUGGAGUAACAAUAUGUUUGAGUAACUUCCAAAAACUCUUUGUCUAACUUGUCUUCGAGCAUUCGUAAUUUAUGUACUCCUCUGAAACGAAAGCCAUUGGCCACGCGUUCGUUUUGCAGUAUAUAUGUUAGACAGCAGUCUAUUGCUAGAACGUUCACUUUGGUUUCUGAGUUCACAUUUUUAGGAAGCCCGCUGGGCCCCGCCACUUUUAAUACUAUUUUAACUGUUGAAAAAUAACUACAAAGAAAAUAUUAUUACAUGCAAGUACGAAAACAUUUGCAAAAAAGCAAGACUUUCAAACACAUGAAGUAGUGAUCCGAACGGAAAAACCGUUAAAAUAAUGAUCACGUACUAUUUUCAAAUGAAAUUUGAAAUUUUUACAUAAUUUAACGUUAAUUACAUUAACGUUGUAUGUUACAACGUAAUAAUUACAACGUAAUAAAAUAUAAAGUACUCACAGCGAAUUCACUUCACUUAUUACACUUUAUCUUGCAAUGUCGGGUACCAACUGAUUGCAAGAUGUUGCUUCGACGGUAAACAAAACGCCAAUGGGCUAAAGUCGCGCUCAGCGAUUUACGAAACUUCCCGAGCCCGACACCGCCAGGUGGCGCCACAUAGCCCGACGUGACGUCAAUAAAAGUACGAAAACUGGUAUGAAAUCGACGGAAACGGAAAUGCUACUCUCAAUAUAAAAGUUUCCAGUUACGGUCAAUAUUUUAAUAAUCAUUAUUAAUUUUUAUGUAAUUUAUUGUAUAUAUUUUUUUGUUAAUAAACUGAAAUUUAUUGAAAUAAACAUUUUUAUUGUAUAUACAAAUAACAAUAUUAUUAUUAUUUAUAACUGUAGAUUUACUUUAUUUUAUGUUAAUAACAAAAUCUAUAACGCCAAUCGCCAAUCAUAUUGAAUUGUUAUUAAUUUCUAUAAUAAAUUGUAGCAAUUAGUUAUUAUUUAGUAUUGUAAUAUAGUUAAUUAUAAUUUAUGACCAUCAUUUCCGAUUUUCAGAACACAUUACCAUAUCAGCUUUAAAUUAAUUAGUAUUUGUAAGUAAUUUUAAUUAUAUAUAUUUAAUUUUGCUAAUUUUACCACCCGGUUUAUUCUUAACAAAUAAUUAUUUGUAAGUAUUAUAGUUAUUAUUGUUUGUUUUGCUCAAAAUUAAAAAAAAAUCUUUAUUAUAUAAAAAAGGGGGAACUUUACACAUAUACAAACCCAUCCCUUGUAAUACUGAAAGUACGUAGAUAUAGUAUAAUACUAUGUUUUUCAGAGAUUGAAGAAAAAAAUACACUAAUAACACUAGAACCGCCGAAGAUUUGUCCGGGAAACCGGGACCAAUUUGUCCCCUUUAUAGCAACUUUUCUUACUUGACAUGUGUAUUUAUUAAUUUAAAUUAAAAGCAUAUUCCUUAAAAGGCCAAAAACUGAUCAAAUUAUAAAUUAACAGUCAGAUAUUUUUUGUUUCAUGAAAAAACUAUAUUUACUAACUACUACAUGUAUAUUACUUUAACUGUAACAACACAUCAAAUGAUGAAAUCUAAAAAGUAAUUAUUAUUUGAAAGACAAAAUGUCACAAACAGUACUCUGUACUAGUACAUUUAUUGCACAGUACUUCUACUAUCACUUCACAGUAGACUUAUUAUGUGUGCAUUUUGUCUCGAUACACCUUGUACGUUUUUCUUAUCUCUCUAUUGUAUUUUCUUGUCAAUCUCGACCUCGUAAUUGCAUCCACCUUUGCUCAUCUCGCUCUUCAAACUUUUUGCUUAUGUAACAUGAGCAAAAUUAAAAUAACUAAAAAUAAUAAAUAAACAAACAACAUGUUUGUGAGAUUUAAAGAUAUAAAUAAUAUCUGAAUAGAAUUGUAGUAAUAUGAUUGAAAUUGAAAUGUAGUAGUGUUGUAAUUCAGUAGAACUUAUUUUCAACACUUUAUCCUCGUCAGAGUAUUCUGACUUUUCUAAAAUUUUUAAUUCCAUGAAAUAUCACUAAAAUAUCGUAUGGUAUCAUUAUUUUAUAACGUUGACAAGACAUUUAUUGUGUGCCCUUAACAAUAAAGUAAUUUAAUUACGCGAAGUAAUGGACAUAUGGCUGCUAGAAUAUGAAGCUGUCUUAUUCUACCGUGCUUCACCCUGCUACUACCCCUUAAAAUCCCCAAAGCAACGAUCUUACAUCGAAUUAUUGUUUGAAAUACUGAUAGUUCAGCGGCUGUUCUAGAUAUAUCGUUUUAUUAUUUUUUUAAACAUUCUUGUUAUAUAAUUAAAAAAAUAUUCAAUGCAAUAAGGUAGUCCAAGUCAAAAAGUUUCAAGACCUAAAUAAAAAAAUAAAACGGUUACAGACUUGAGAUCAAACUUGCAGAUGGGACAAAAUUGAGACAAAACGGUUCUAGUGUUAAAAUAUAUGUAUUUUUUAUAUGUCAUGCACAUGCUUUCAGUGUGAACUCUUUAUAACAGUAUCAAGAAACGUGAUUUUUCACUUUCCGUUACCGCUUGGUUUGUUUUAUUCGCCAUCUAUCCAGCGGAUACAAAAAUAUUAACAAAUAAACUCUAAGAAUACGAGUAUAUAGUAAAUUAAACAGGGUCUUUUAUAAAUGUGGUGUUCCUUAAAGAGCUUUGCUCUGAGCCAAUAAAAAGUAUUAAAAACUGUUGUGCAAAAUAUCACAAUAAGUAUACUUUAUUACCGGUAUUUCAUUUUGCUAAAUUUAAAAAAAGUAUGUGUUGUUAUUGGUAAAAAAUUAUAUCUUGUCAAUAUUACUACGCUUCGAAAUAAGAUACUUUACCUUUGUUGGAAGUUGUUUUUUGGAGUAUGCUAUUAAAUAGUGCCAUUUCCAUGACAUUUAAAUUCUAUGGAAAGGUACAUAUAUAACGUUAUCUUAACAAAACAUCGAUUAUAGUGGUCCCAUUUAGAUUUCAAAUAUUGAGAUCAAAUGAAGAAUAAAAAUAAUUAAGUUUCAUUCAUACUCUUAUUGUCCCGUCCAAAAUGUCACAACAGUAUUUUUAAUUUAAUGUAACAAAGUAUUAAUAUAUAUAUUAAAUUUAUUUCUCUCGCGAUUUAGAUACAUUAGCCGGAAUUUGUAUUAUCUAAAUUGACUUAAUCUACACUAAUAUUUAAAAAAGGAAAAAAAAAAUAUUUUUUAAUGUAACGAAUAAACUUAAAAACUACUGGACCAAUUUGAAAAAAUCUUUUACCAAUGGAAAUCUACAUUAUCAGGGAAGAAUAUGGGCUAUAGUUAUUCCCAAAUAAUGAUAAAAAUAAUAAUAAUGGGAUGUGCUGGUAAAAGCGGAGUUCUUGUAGUGGUUGAAAAUUUUUAAAAAUCACAAAAAUAAUUUGACUGACAUUCCUUUUUUGUUCUCGUUCUUAUAUUGUUGAUUAUAUUGUUGAUAUUUGUCAGAUAUUAUGAAUAAGAGGCCUCUCACUAAAAUAUAUUUCUAAAAUAAUUUUAUACAGUUAUACAAUGUUUAAAUCGUUAUGGGAGCACUAUACAUAUGAAUGUGAAUAGUUAUUAAUCAUUUAAAUAUUGUUUUUCAUUGUUGUUUUGUAGUGGUGCCAUUUUUGUUACCAUUUAAAAAAUAGAGCAAAAUGUAAAAAAAAACUAGUAUUCUUAAGGUGAUUUCAAUAAAGUACUUAAUUUUUUUCAUUUACUUAGUCAUAAUUAAAAAUGUUACGGUUAGUAAAGAGAUAGUUUUUAAAAUAUUUUGUAUUACGAGUAUUUUUUGUUUCUAAACUGUUUAAAUUUGUGUUUCUAAACUGUUUAACUUUAUAAGAGAUUGAGAUUAUUAUUAUCAUUACGAAUUUAAUUAAAAAUUAUUUUAAUUUACUUUAAAAUUGUGUGUGUAAAUAGUAAAAUUUAUUUUGUUAAGAUGACUCUUUAGUUAUUAUUUUUUAUUAAUAAUAAAAGUUUUGAAUUGUUUUUUUUCUUUGCAAAUUAAACAUCACACUGUGAAUCGUA